UGGAGUCCAGUCCAGACAGUCCUGACUAAGUCUCCGCAAAGUAUCACACACCUCUCGUACACGACUCUGGCUAUAAGAAGGAGACGGCAAAAGUCGCAGCAGACACAGGUUCACCCUAAACCUGCCAUAAUCUCCCGCAACCGCAUCUGCACCCAGUACUCCAGAAAGGGCCAAACCAAGGUGCCCAAACAGCGCAGUCAGAAGGCUCCCGCUCAGCAAGGCCUAGAGCAUGCUCCAAAAUGUCACAGAGGAUUUACUCCUGGUGAUGAUUAUGCCCAGAAUGAAGAGGGCGCAUUACUGGACAGCAUCCACGCUUGCAUCUGGUGGAGUGCUAAUCCAUGGCUGAAUGGACUCUUGAACUGCUGUGUUCCGUGCCCAACCAUCUACUGGUGUCGGCUGAGCAAUCCUGUGUGGAGACCACAGUUACUCCAUGGCUACAAAUGUGGGCCUCGCUUGCCAUCAUUACACGUUUUACCGUGGUAA